UUGAUUGGUCUGGAUUGAGCAUCGGUUUUGAGUAUGAGCCGCUAGCCAAUCCUAGAGCAGGUUUUUGGUGACUGCCAGCCAAUAGUUGAGCAGGGAGGCGGGACCUGUCGGUUUACAGGUGCGGGGAAAAUACAGCGCCGCUGGCGAGACGGCUUUUAGAGCGAAUAAGGCAGCAGUUAGUCGCUCAUUCGCUCGUGUUAACGCGGCCGAUGUACGGAGUUCUCAGUCUGCUGGAGUUCAUUUUUUUGUUUUCCAGUCGUGUUUACUGACUUUAGGUCGCGUGUUUAAGCUUUAUGUAGUUAUUUGUGAAGGGAACACGGGGAAUGCGUCGCGUUUUGUAGCGGUUUUGGAUUUUUCCGACCGAACACGGAGCUCUCAGUUUCCUAGUUAAGGUCUCCAAAGGAUGGACAAAAGUCUUUUUCCUGGACCCAAAGACAUCAUUAUGGCUACACCGCCCAGCUCAUUCCAGCAAGAACCUCUCACUCCACCCAGACCCAACCACUCUCUAAAGCCCAACCAGGUUGGUCAGGUCACUCUAUAUGGGGUUCCCAUCGUUUCAUUGGUCAUCGACAACCAGGAGCGACUGUGCCUGGCUCAGAUCUCCAACACCUUGCUGAAGCACUACAGCUACAAUGAGAUCCACAACCGGAGGGUGGCUCUGGGCAUCACAUGUGUGCAGUGCACCCCCGUUCAGCUGGAGAUCCUUCGACGAGCAGGGGCCAUGCCAAUCUCAUCCCGCCGCUGCGGCAUGAUCACCAAGCGUGAGGCUGAACGACUGUGCAAGUCUUUUCUGGGUGAGAACUCACCACCCAAGCUGCCCGACAACUUUGCAUUCGAUGUUUCGCAUGAGUGUGCCUGGGGCUGCCGAGGCAACUUCAUCCCUGCUCGCUACAACAGCUCCAGAGCCAAGUGCAUCAAAUGCUCCUACUGCAACAUGUACUUCUCUCCCAACAAGUUCAUCUUCCACUCGCACCGCACACCCGAGGCCAAGUACACACAGCCUGAUGCCGCCAAUUUUAACUCCUGGCGCCGGCACCUCAAGCUGUCUGACAAGACACCGGCAGAUGACAUGGUGUUUGCUUGGGAGGAUGUGAAGGCCAUGUUUAACGGAGGCAGCCGCAAGCGGGCCUUGCCUUCAUCCCACUGCUCUAGUAUGGACUCAGUGAAGGCAGUGGGCUCUGUGCUACCCCAUGUCAUUUCGUCUGACCUCGGGCAGAAGAGAGGACGGUACGAGGAGGACGAUGACCUGGACGGUGGCGGUCUCUCACCACGGAAGAACCCACGCAGUUAUCCGGUCAUUCCAGUGCCCAGCAAAGGCUUUGGGAUGUUGCAGAAGUUCCCACCAACUUCGCUUUUCCCCAGUCCCUACACCUUUCCAGCCUUUGGGCUUUGCCAACAGAAGAAAGAUGAUAGCGAGGCACCCAAUGGACAAAAAAACAGCGGCCUGUCAGGGCUGCUGUGGCCAGGGCGCAAGGAUGCUUUUUAUCCCCCUUUUUGCAUGUUCUGGCCUCCUAGGGCGACAGGCGGCAUCCCGGUGCCUACAUACCUUCAGCCACAGCCCAAUGCUCUCUCCACACUCACAGAAGCCCCAUCUCUGCGGCAGGCCUUUCUGGACCUGUCAGAUCAGGGUACAGAGACUGGCACAGCAGCUGGCAUUGGCGCCAACCCUAGAACAGGGUUGUUUGAGAGCGAGUGCCCGCCUGUAAACCCACCCGACCUGCGGCCUGCCGCCCCUGAAGGCUGGCUUAAGCUCCUGGAUGCUCCUUCUCUUCAGGCCCGCAAGGCCAGCUACCAUUCCUCCGCCUUCCGCCCAGUAGUAAAGGACACCGAGAGCAUCGCUAAGCUGCACGGCAACCUGGAGGACCUGGGGGCAGAAAGGCACCUCUCACCGGGUACCAGCUGCAGCUACCAGAGUGACAGUGGAGAGAGCGACGAAGAGCAGGAGGUAGACGUGGAGACCAAGCAAGAUGAAGAGCAGGACGAUUUCAGCAGCCUAAAGCAGCAGCAGCAGUCACAGCAGCCAGCAGCACAGCAGCAGCAACCGUGCGGCCUGCACCUGCGGGGGCUCACAGAAAGCAACGCUGGGGAUCGGGAUAAAGACACAGGCCUCUUCCCCCCCACCAUCCCCUCUGAAAGCUCCGCCGAGGACAAGCCCAGGCUGGCUGUCAGUCCACCCGCCUCCCUCAAAGUCCCCAGCCCCAUUCACGCCUCACUGGAGGACACCACCACCGCCGCGUACAAAAAUUCACACAAGGGCAGAGACGAUGGGCUCCCAGCUUACGCAACCAAAGACAAAGCUUCUCGUGCAGAAGAAAACAAAGAACAGAGUAGUUUCUUCCUCCCGGAGACGGAGACAUCCGCGCCAGAAUACUGGAGGGAGAACACAGCAGAUCACAGUCAAGACCAACAUUCACCAGCUUCACUCAAGAAAGAUGUUGAGAACAUGGAAAAAGAGGAGCUCCAGAAAGUUCUCCUGGAGCAGAUAGAUUUACGGAGAAGACUGGAGCAGGAGUUCCAUGCUCUCAAAGGCAGCUCACCCUUUCCCGUUUUCCACAACUUCCAAGAUCAGAUGAAAAGGGAGCUGGCAUACAGAGAAGAGAUGGUGCAGCAGCUACAAAUGAUUCCUUAUGCAAAUAUUAUCAGAAAAGAAAAAGUUGGCGCACACCUAAACAAAAGCUGAAUGGAUAUUUGAAUAUAUUUCAUAUGAAACACCGACAGGCUGUAUCUGCACUCAUUUGAAAUACACAGAACAUGAUCUGGAUCUUCUUGAUGACUCUUAACAAACUCAGCAAAAGCAAUCCCUUCAUUAAGGACAGUUAAUGAGCAGUGCUUUCAUCAGCUGCUGAUCAUCUGAAUAUACUGAACUCUAUCCAUGUUUUCCUGACCAAAUUAAUGACCAGUCUACAGAUCCACAGAGCAAGUAGCCCUGCAUCCUGCACUAGUGCUACAUCACAUGUUUAAACAGCCACUUCCUGUACAGUGAUCUCAUUUUGCCUAUUAAUUUAUGUAAUUAUUUAUUUAUGUAUUUAAUUAUUUAUUCAUUUAUUUAUUUGUAAAAACUGACCUGUGUAUAAAUAUACUGGCUAUAAAAAUACCGUACAUGUACAAGAAUAAUAUCUGGGGGAAACAUUUGCUCUACAGGCCUACUGAUGGAAUCUCAUGGCUACGAGCAACUGCGCAAGCAAGCGAACCUCUGCACUUGAUUGUUUAAAUACAGCAUUGACAAAGUCAAAAUGAAGAAUGUUAUUAUUGUUAAUGCAAAUGUAUUUAAAUAUGUUCUUGUAGUUUCUCUACUAUUUAUGUGGAUAAUAAAAGUCUAUAACAUGAAAAACA